AUUUACGAUGUUGAGAGUUUUAGUUUCAACCAAAACUAUUACAGCCUCCAGUUCCAAAAGAUCAUUGCAAUGGCUGACACAGCCUCCGGAGUGGCGGCUGCCGUCGGAAGAACGACCUACCAGUGGGCCGGAGCCGGAGCUAGGAUGGCCCGCGAUGGAACCGUCUAUUGCUAUCAGAAGUCAAAGAGUGCCGUGCAGAGUCUGGCGGGGGUUUCGGAGAACAAAACGGCCCAGAUUGAAUCUACGCCGACGAACGAACGUUCAUUGACGACGGCGUUGGGCGCCGUUGGAAGUACGACGUACCAGUGGGUCGGAACUGGGGCCAAGCUGGCCCGCGAUGGAACAGUUUACUGCUACCAGAAGUCCAGAAAUGCAGUCGUGGGACUUGCGACUUCCGGGGAGGAAUCGAUUAAGGCGGACGAAGCUCCCUCAUGGAGAAGUCUUGCUGGGACGACGGUGGCCAUUGCCGGGGCUGGAACUACGAGCUAUCUGUGGCUUGGGGCCAUUUCUUCUCGUGUCGCUAAGGAAGCACUCCGAGCCGGGUGCAUCCGGAACUCGUUGUGCGCAAUGAGCACCCUUUCGUUACCAAUGCAAAGAUCCACUGCGGUGUUUAUCGGAACCAGACUGAAUAACUACAUUGUACAGGGAAUAGUUCCGGGGCUAUUUACGGCAUGGGCCGUCUACGAUACCUAUCGGCUUGGGCGAUGGGCUUACAAUUGGUACUAUUACCCUACUGUGGGACAGCACGAAAUGUGCCCGAAGUACAUUGAAUUCAAUAAGAAUACGGCUUGAAAGGCCUUCAAAAAAGUAUUUAAAUAAAACAAGUUUUAAAAAGUUGA